GAAGAGGUGGUGGCCAUCGCUCGUCAAGCGGCGCAGGACUUCAUGGAGGUCUAUGUGGAUUGCCCAGCUAUCGUGCCCCGGUGCAUGUGGGGUGCCCGUCCCUACCGGGGCACCCCCAAACCCUUGACCCUCCCCUUGGGUUCUGUCUACAUCCACCACACCUCCACACCCAGCGCCCCGUGCCGCACCUUCGCCGCCUGCGCCCGUGACAUGCGUGACAUGCAACGCUUCCACCAGGACACCCGCGGUUGGGAUGACAUCGGCUACAGCUUCGUGGUGGGGUCGGACGGGUACCUGUACCAAGGCCGAGGUUGGCACUGGGUUGGUGCCCACACCAAAGGCUACAACAGCAAAGGCUACGGUGUGGGCUACAUUGGAGACUUCUCGGCCACCUUGCCGGACGCCGACGCCAUCGCCCUGGUGCGGGACUGGCUCCUGCCCUGCGCCGUGCGGACUGGCCGGCUUCACCACAACUACACCCUACAUGGCCACCGCCAGAUGGGUCACACCGACUGCCCCGGCAACUCCCUCUUCCGUGAGAUUGAGACCUGGCACGGCUUUAAG